AUGGAUCAUUUCAGUUUAUCAUCAGAUGAUAUUGGUUUCCAUCUUUUCACAUGUGAAUCAUUGGCCACAAUUGAGAAGCGAAUUGCUGAGAAAAAAACAGAGCAAGCCAAGGCUAAGCUGGAAAAUAAAGAUCAACAGGCUAAAGUAGAAAAACGUCAGCCCCGACCUUAUCUGAGAACUUGCAAAAAGCUGCCUGCUCUCUUUGGGAAUCCUCCUCUGGAGCUCAUCGGGGAACCCUUGGAAGAUCUUGAUCCGUACUACAAUGAUCACAAGACUUUUAUGGUACUAAAUAAAAAGAAGAGAGUCUUCCGAUUUACUGCCACACGUGCCUUAUGUAUACUUAGCCCUUUCCAUCCUAUCAGAAGAGCUGCUAUUAAAGUUUCUGUCCAUCCAUGGUUUACUGCGUUUAUUAUAUUCACCGUUCUACUAAAUUGUGCAAUGAUGAUUCCAGCUGACUUUCUAGAGAUAAACAAAAACAUUGAGUUCACUUUUGCUGGUAUUUACACUUGUGAAAUAUUGAUAAAAGUAUUAGCAAGUGGAUUUGUUUGGAAUCAAUUCACCUUCCUUCGCGAUCCAUGGAACAUUGUGGAUUUAAUUGUUAUUGUUAUAACGUAUGUGAGCCUAUGUUCACCCCGAAGUAAGGUUUCAUUUCUUCGGAUUUUCAGGGUACUCAGAUCUUUAAAAGCUAUAUCAGCAAUCCCAGAACUAAAGGUCAUCAUAGAUGCACUUAUCCAGUCUAUUAAGAAACUUGCUGAUGUGAUGAUCCUGACCGUUUUCUGCUUGAGUGUCUUUGCCCUUGUAGGCCUCCAGCUCUUUAUGGGUAACUUGAAAAAGAAAUGUGUCCGUAACAAUACUACAUUUGAUCAGAAAUUAUGUGAUGAUGCCAAGAUAAGUGAUGUAAAGGAAUCAGGUAAACUUUUUUACUAAAUGAAUAAUUCUCAGGAUGUAUUACUGUGCGGAUUCAGCUUGGAACCUGAUACGGAAUGUCCAGAGAACUAUUCCUGCCAGAAAAUUGGGGACAAUCCUGAUUUUGGCUACACAAGCUUUGAUCAUUUUGGCUGGGCCUUUCUCUCUGUUUUCCGUCUGAUGACACAAGAUAACUGGGAGCGUCUAUAUCGACAGAUCAUCCGAACUUCUGGAAAGACCUACAUGAUCUUUUUUGUGGUGGUCAUCUUCCUGUGCUCAUUCUAUCUCUUCAACUUGAUCCUGGCCGUAGUAACCAUGGCAUAUGAAGAGCAAAACAAUGCCACUCUUGCUAAAACACAGGCAAAGAAGAAAUUGUGUCAGGAAGCUGAGGAACUACUAAGGAAAGAGCAGGUCUGUACUUUAUUAUGUACAGGACAGAAUACACAUCACAUAAAACUCCUUUUCGAGCAGAUAUCAGCAGACUCUGUAAACAAUCCAGUUAGAAGACAAAGGAUAAUGAGUGCAACCAAUGUUAUUACCAAUGCCACAAGUAAACUGGAAGAGUCAAAACGGAAAUGUCCUUCAUGCUGGAAUCGCUUUACCCAAAAAUAUCUCAUUUGGGACUGUUGCCCACUGUGGAUACAACUCAAGGAGAAAGUGAAGCUUAUAGUAAUGGAUCCGUUUACUGACCUCACUAUCACUGUUUGCAUUGUGGUGAAUACCAUCUUCAUGGCACUAGAGCACGAUAAUAUGACAGAAACUCUUAGCAACAUGAUUAUUACAGUCAACAACGUUUUCACUGGAAUUUUUACAGCAGAAAUGAUCUUCAAAAUCAUCGCUCUAGAUCCCUACUACUAUUUUCAGCAGGGCUGGAAUAUUUUUGACAGCAUAAUUGUUAUGAUAGGCCCAAUAAAAACAUUUUUGGAAAUAAACCUGGCAUUUUUCAGAUUGCUGCGGAUCUUCAAAUUGUCAAAGUCAUGGCAAGCCUUAAAUAAACUUGUGAAAAUCAUGUGUCAGUCAGUUGGUGCCUUUGGUAGUCUCGAACUGGUUUUGGGUAUCACUGUAUUUAUUUUUGCUGUAGUAGGAAGGCAGGUUUUUGGAAACUAUUACUCCAACAGCACUAAAAUAAGCACAGACUGCAAUUUACGCUGGCAUAUGAUUGAUUUCUUCCAUUCAUUCCUUAUCAUAUUCCGAAUUCUAUGUGGAGAAUGGAUUGAAACCUUGUGGGGCUGCAUGGAAGUAGCUGGGAAAGAGCUGUGUCUUCCUUUUUUCUUGCUGGUCCUGGUGGUAGGAAACCUAGUGGUGCUUAACCUGUUCAUUGCCUUGCUGCUGAAUUCCUGCAAUAUUGAUGAUCCAGCAACACCAGAUGAAGCUGAAAAGAGGACCAAGCUUCAGCUUGCAUUUUCUCGGAUUCACAGGGGUCUGCAGUUUGUGAUACACAUAACAGGGGAUUUGUGUUGCAAAAUACUCAGACAAGGGCUGAAAACAAUGACCAGCAGGAAGAUUAUGGUGAAAGUUACCGCACAGAACGUUGGUGGGAAUUACCAUGCCACUAUAGAUAUGGGGGAAAAUUACACUGAUAAUGGGAUUUACCAAAACAAAGAGAAAUCCCCAAUGGCAAAGGAGUAUGAGGAUUUUAUGACCAAUUCUAACACAUUUGUUUGUGUUCCCUUUGCUGAGGCAGAGUGUUACAAUGAGGAUUAUGAUGAUGAGAAUAGCACAUAUACCAAAAUGGAAUAUAUAGCAAUGUCUUCUGUUGUGCAGGAAUUGGCGGGGAUCAUCCAAUCGACUGAAAAGUUAGAUGCACCUAAGGACUGUUUUACAGAAGGCUGUGUCCAAUGCUCCUUAUGCUGUGCAGUGGAUAUCACAAAGUUUCCAGGAAGUACUUGGUGGCGAUUUAGGAAAACCUGCUACCGAAUUGUUCAGCAUAGCUGGUUUGAAACUUUUAUCAUAUUCAUAAUUCUCCUGAGCAGUGCAACUCUGGCAUUUGAAGAUAUUUACCUUAAGGAAUAUGCAACCAUUCAAAACCUUCUGAAGCUUGCCGAUAUAAUAUUUGCUUACAUCUUUUUACUGGAGAUGUUUCUGAAAUGGGUGGCUUAUGGUUUCCAGGAGUAUUUCACAAAUUUCUGGUGUUUGCUUGAUUUCUUUAUUGUAUGUGUAAGUAUUACUUUUAACCUCAACCAGGAAGUAUUGAAAAAAGCAGAGUUUUGUGCCAGCCAAAACGUGAAGUCUUUCAGAACCCUGAGGGCAUUGAGGCCCCUCCGAGCCUUAUCCAGAUUGGAAGGGAUAAAGAUAGUUGUGUAUGCCCUAGUAGGAACUAUCCCUUCCAUCAUGAACGUCAUGCUUGUCUGCCUUGUUGUCUGGCUCCCAUUUAACAUCAUAGGAGUGAAAGAAUUUCGUGGAAGGUUUUGGAAAUGCACUAACAUAUCAAGUGAUUUGAUUGAUCAAAUUAAAAGCAGAAAUGACUGUGAAAUCCAUAGUCACUUAAAAUGGGAGAAUGCUAAAGUCACCUUUGAUCAUGUUGGAAUGGGGUACUUGGCUCUUCUACAGGUGGCAACUUUUAAAGGUUGGAUGGACAUUAUGUAUGCCGCAGUGGAUUCACGUGAGGUAGACCAGCAGCCAAUAUGUGAACACCGUUUAUUCAUGUACUUGUAUUUUGUGUGUUUUAUCAUGAUUGGAUCUUUUUUCAUGAUGAAUCUCUUCAUUGGAGUUGUUAUCAAAAAUUUUAACCAACAAAGGAAAAAGAUAAGCGGAGAUCAUAUCUUUUUGACAAAGGAACAGAAAAAGUAUUAUAAUGCCCUGAAGAAACUUGGAUCCAAGAAACCCCAAAAAUCCAUCCCAAGGCCAUUGAACAAAUACCAAGGAUUUUUUUUUGACAUUGUAUCAAGCAAAACUUUUGAGAUUACCAUUGUGACUCUCAUCUGCCUUAACAUGAUCAUUAUGAUGUGGGUCAGUGAAGACCAAGAUGAAAAAAGCAAGAAUAUCCUUGAGAUCAUCAACAAGGUCUUUGUUGCCAUAUUUACUGGAGAGUGCAUCAUGAGAAUACUGGCUCUAAGAUACUACUUCUUCACCAAUGGCUGGAAUAUAUUUGAUUUACUUGUUGUGAUCCUUUCAUUAGUUAGUAAGUUCCUCAGUGAGCAGGUUGCUGGUGUUUUAAAGUCUCCGUCAUUGUUGAGAAUCAUUCGCUUGGUGCGGAUUAGCCGAAUCCUGAGACUAAUACGGCAAGCCCAAGGAAUUAGAACUCUCCUUUUUACAUUAUUGAUGUCCCUUCCUGCUCUGUUCAAUAUUGGUCUCCUGCUUUUUCUGAUCAUGUAUAUUUAUGCUAUUUUGGGCAUGGCUCACUUUGCCUGCGCUAAUUGGGAUGGUGGGAUUGAUAACAUUUUCAACUUCCAAACCUUCGGUGGCAGCAUGCUCUGUCUCUUCCAGAUCACAACGUCAGCUGGCUGGGAUGGCCUUCUUAACCCUUUCUUAGGGACAAGAUCUGACUCUUGUGCUCCAAAUUUAAUUAUACAACCUAGAGACUAUACUUCUUGUGUAAAUAGCUCUGUAGCAAUUAUAUAUUUUGUAAGUUAUGUCAUUAUAUCAUUUCUUAUUGUUGUAAACAUGUAUAUAGCUGUUAUUUUAGAGAACUUAAAUGUUGCUACUGAGGAAAGUACAGAGCCUUUAUGUGAAGAUGACUUUGAUAUGUUUUAUGAAAUAUGGGGGAAGUUUGAUUCUGAGGCGACUCAGUUUAUUGAGUAUUCGGCACUUUCAGACUUUGCAGAUGCUUUGGAAAAACCCUUACGUGUAUCAAAACCCAACAAAAUUCAGCUUAUAGCAAUGGAUCUUCCUCUAUUUAGUGGAGAUAGGAUCUACUACUGGGAUAUUUUGCUUGCUUUUAUCAAAAGAGUGUUAGGAGAAUCUGGGGAGAUGGACAAACUAAUGAUGGAGAAUAAGCUUAAGAUUGCCAUUCCAUCCAAGCUUGUUUAUAAACCAAUCACAACUACCCUUAGAAGAAGACAAGAGGAGCUUUCCGCCAUUAUUAUCCAAAGGGCCUUCCGGUCCCAUUUGAUUCAGUGUUCUAUGAAACAGGGUUCUUUUUCAUACCAACACAGAACCUGUGACAGUAGCAUCUCAGAAGAAGAUGUAUCUGAGAAGGAACGUAGCCAGUUAGAUAGAUCACAAACUGCAUCUUCCAUUUCUUUCCCUCCAUCUUAUGAUAGUGUCACUGGGGCCACUAAUGAUAAUUUGCAGGUGACAAUUACAGACUCAAGCAAAGCCAAUUAA